CAAAUUUAGCAAUUAAAAUUCGUUUUUCCCCCUCAUUUCUUUGCACGGUCAGCUGUUACUCAAACUAUUGCGCUAAUUGAAGAACAAGCCAUUUUUAUUUAUUUAUUGCGGUGGGGUGGCGGCAAAGAAAAGCGAAAAUACGUAAAGUUAGCGUCAGGCGAAAGCAACUUAGUCCUGGUUAUCACAAUUACAUGUCAUCAAUUUAAAUGCAAAAGUUACAUUUUCUCCAACUGCCAGUAAAAAUGCUGUAAGGCAGAAUCUGGAGAGCCGCUGACCAGCAAAGUCUCAUUUCUGGCAGAUCUCUAAAUAAUGGAGUCCCAAGAAGAGAUAAAUCACAAAAAUCACAAGCAUGACCGGAAGGAGCGAAAGGAGCACUUGGGCCCCACACACCGCUAUGUGAUCAACAUGCUGGCCCUCAGGCUGGGCUUGACACCGUCAGCGGUGGAACAAUUCAUCCUGGACUUUUCAUUGGAUCCUUUUGAUCAUUUCUUUGCCAUUAAUGGAAGCUCUACCCUUGCCUUUGUGUAUCAAGAGGCAAAACAUCCUGGGUUGGAGUGUGGCCGUGCAAUUCCCGGGCCCCGGAAAGCACUGCGACUUGUCCACGCCAAUUUGUCAAAGAAGCGCCUUACGGGCAUCUAUUGCACUUUCACUCGGGUCCGAGUGGAUGUUGCUGUGACUGCAGACAACAUACAUCAGGAGACCUUUUUUUCCAUGUUUGAUGCCCGGGAUGGCUUCUAUAAAGCCAUCAAGAACAGCUUCAGCAACCUGAUGCCCAGUUUCCAAGCACUGCUAAAAAUGGACAAGUCCAAGCUCGGGGCCAAGGUUAAGCCAAACCUUGAACACAUCUUCAAGCACAGUUUGAUGGGCUUAGAUGUGAUCGAGAUGAGCUAUCAGAAUGUUAAACUGGCAGAGGCCAAGAAUGUCGACUUCAGUAAACUGGCAUCCUUUCAAGAUAUGACGUUAGCAGCAGAAAACGGUGACCUGGUGAAACAGCUGGAGGGGAUCCUGAUACAGUGGUAUAAGCAAAUCGACCAGGUCCUGCUGGAGACUCAAGCGCUGAAGCAAGGUCUCGUGACGGACGGGCCGCUGAGCGAGCUCGAUUACUGGAGGCAGGCGCUCUUGAAAUUCCACUCCAUCCUCAGUCACAUCAACGGCGCACAGUGCAAGGCGGUCAUAAGCGUGCUCAGACUUAACCGGUCCAAAUCACUGAAGUUGUGGCCCAUGCUGGAGUCCAGGGUGACGGACAACUACAACGAGGCCAAGGAUAAUGUCAAGUUCCUGGACGCACUGGAGAAAGUAUGCCAGCCUCUCUACACGAGCGACCCGGCCACCAUUGUGAAAAGCGUGCAGAACAUCAUUAACGCAGUUCAGAUGAUCCACAUGGUGUCACGCUACUAUCAUACCAGUCAAAAGAUAUCGGCCAUCUUCAUCAAAGUUACAAAUCAGAUGAUCAUAGCAUGCAGGCGAUACAUUUCCAACAACGGCGCGGCCAUAUGGGACCAAGAUGUUCAAAAUGUUAUGAUGAAAAUACAGGAGUGCCUCGGUUUGUAUCGGGAGUACGAGUCUUGCUUGGAGAAAACACAGGAAAAAGCAAAGGAAAUGCCAGGACAGAGGCCCUUUGGGUUCUCCGAGAUGCACGUGUUGCGCAAGUUUGAGGUCUUUUGCAAGCGCCUCGAACAUAUCACGAAAAUAAUGUCGGUGUUCAAGACGUUCGAGUGUCUGGCAAAGUCCAACAUUGAGGGCAUCGAGACUCUGGCCGGUCAGUUCCGCAAAGUCUCGACCGACCUGAAGAACAAGCAGGCGGACGUGUUUGCGUCGAGGACGGUGGCAUUUGAAGCGGACUACGAGACAUUCAUGACUCACAUCGGUAACCUGGAGGAGCAGCUAAAGGGAUUCAUGAACUCGAGCUUUGCCAAGUUCGACUCAUCCCAGCAAGCGCUCGGUGUAAUACAGCGAUUUCAGAAAUUAAACAUUCCCUGUCUAAAGGUGGAAAUGCCCACUGCCUUGGGUACUAUUCUCCAGCUCUACGUCUCAGAAGUGGAGGCGGUGUCAAAGCUCUUUGAGAAGCAAAACGAAGACCCGCCUUUGGGUCGAAACAUGCCGCCCGUCUCGGGGAGGCUUCGCUGGGCCCGGCACCUCUACAAGAAGAUACACGAGCCCAUAUCGUACAUACGCGAGAACUCGGACAUCCUGACCACCCCCGAGGGGCGCACUGUGGUCAAAAUGUACAAUCAGACGACGGCCAUGUUGCAACGCUUCGAGUCGGACCACCACAAAGCUUGGACGACAGAAGUCUCAAAGUUGGAUUUUGCCUUGAAUACGACUCUGUUGAUUCGCUGCACUGUAACGGGCAAGUACUUGGUCAACUUUGAUUCAAAGAUCAGUGAGGCCAUUCAGGAGGCCAGCAGUUUGGUGAAGAUGGGCCUGGAUGUUCCCAAGCAGGCACUGCAUUUCCUCAAGGUGGAGGGCCGCUUGAAGACCUAUCAUCAUCGUCUUCACACCGUUUUGAUGGACUACAAGCUGACUUGUGACAACAUACCGGCGGACUUUACCAACCUGAUGACGUCAAAGACCACCCAAAUGGAGUCCUUGCUUCGCUAUGGGUCAGUGAUGGUCACGUGGUCAUCGCUGCUUCUGGACAAGUACUUUAUAAAUAUUGACAACGCCUUGUCUGAACUCAAGACGAUCUUGAGUAAGGUGCAAGAGAUUUGUAAGUUUCACAUCGAUGAUUACCUGGUAGAGAUCUCGGAGACUGUUCUCAUCGAGCUGCCCGAAGAUCACGCCUCUGCAAUCGAGCCACUCGUUAAGCUCACUCAGAAUCGGUGCCAUAAGGUUGUCAAGAGACUAGAACACAAGUGCUAUCACGUGAAGGAAGCAGUGAACGAGUUGGGCAAAGUGUUCAAUGCCAUUUACAAGUGCAAGCAAACCCAAAAGGUCGCGGACGGACACAGUGGUGGGCCGAAGGAGACCCAGCGGGCCUCCGACGCGACGUCAGACGGCCAAGAGAAGUACAAACAAACGCGCUUUGAAAAGGACUUCACAAAGCAGUACGACUCCUUCGGCACGAGGAUUUUAGAUGCACUGGUGGAAAUGACCAAGUUGUCUCUGAAGACCUUGGAGAGACGAGUCUGUGGCUCCGACUCUUUCCAGAAGAGGGCCGACUCCGGCUGGGUCCCCAUGAUGAAAUCCGAAGUGCAUCUGAACGCGCCCAACGUGGUGAUGGUCCCCACCGUGGAUCAGAUUCAUCACGCCAUACAUGAAAUCAUUGAAUUUAUCUUGGAGGUCAGCAAGGGCAUUCAGUGCUGGGAGGUGGAGUACAGACACGACAGCUCGUCUACUGAGAGUCGGGAGAAAUUGAACUUCUACGUUCGCGUUAAUAAGCACGAGGAUAUCAAAGCCGUCAUUUUCGCCUUGAAGUCGGCCCUGAAGUUGCAGAGGGACAACGCCGCCACCGUUCUGGAUCGCUUCAAGAGGUUCAAGGAGCUGUGGAGCGACGACAAGGAGCGAGUCAUCAAGGCCUUCAUUGACAGCAAGCCAACCUUGAUGGAGAUCAAAGAUAAAUUGCAGCACUACGUCGUGUAUGAGAGCCAAAUUGAGGAAAUCCAGAACGUCAUCGUUGUCGGGAUGAUUGAACUGUCGACGAACCACUUAAAGGAGUCCCUCAGGGUUGAGGCGAAGGUCUGGAAGAGGCUCCUGUGCAAGUACCUGCGCAUAGAGUGCCGGAAGAACAUCAUCAACAUCAGCCUGCAGACCCACAGGAGCUUCACGCAACUCUCGCAUCCGAUUGCUAAUCUGGACGACGUUCGCUGCGCCAUGAAGACGCUGGCCAACCUGCGGGAUUCUGAAAUUAACACCGACAUAACGCUGUUAUCCACUCAAGAUGCCUAUGAAGUGCUGAUCCUUUACGAAGCUGAAAUGACCGAGAAGGAACCGGGAGAGGUGUACGGACUGGCCCGUUUCUUCACCAGGCUUCUGGCUAAAGCUAUGUCCGUUCAGGAUCAGCUUUUCCGCAUGCAGCCCAGCCUGAAGCAGGACCUGCUGGAACGCGUCGGCGUCUUUGAAAAAGAUGUCGGCACUUUCAUGGACGACUACGAUAUGGACGGGCCCAUGGUUGAAGGAAUAGAACCGAAAGAGGCCAGCCGCAGGCUCCAGACCUUCCAGGCCAGGUUUUCUGAGCUGUGGCGAAAUUUCACCACCUACAACUCCGGCGAACAGCUCCUCGGUCUGCCUGUCUCUGAUUAUGAGUGCCUUCAAAAUAAAAAGAAAGAACUGGACCUGCUUCAGAAGCUCUACGGCCUGUAUGACACUGUGAUGAAGACCAUCAGCGGUCACUCCAAGCUCCUGUGGACACAAGUGGAUAUCGAGAAAAUCAAUAACGAGCUUAUGGACUUUCAGAACAGGUGCCGGCGUCUCCCCAAGGGACUGAAGGAGUGGCAGGCUUUCAUGGACCUGAAGCAGACCAUCGAUGACUUCAACGAGCUGUGUCCUCUGCUCGAGAUGAUGACCAACAAGUCCAUGAUCCGCAGGCACUGGGAUCAAAUCUCCAACCUGACCGGCCACCACUUUGAGGUGGAGUCGCCCACCUGCACCCUGGACAACAUCAUGGAGGCGCCACUGUUGAAGUACAAGGAUGACAUCGAGGACAUCUGCAUAUCCGCCGUGAAAGAGAGGGACAUCGAGGCCAAGUUGUCCGGCGUCAAGGCGGUGUGGCAUGACCAAAACCUGACGCUGAUGGACUUCAAAGACAGGGGCGAGCUCAUGCUGCGAGGCGGCGACACCACGGAGAUCCUCACCUCUCUGGAGGACAGUCUGAUGGUGCUGGGUUCGCUGCUCAGCAACCGAUACUGCACGUUCUACAAAGCUGAGAUCCAGGAUUGGGUAUCCAAGCUGUCCACGUCAACGGAUGUCAUUGAGCAGUGGGUCAUCGUGCAAAACCUUUGGAUUUACUUGGAGGCCGUGUUUGUGGGGGGCGACAUCGCCAAAGAUCUGCCUCAGGAAGCGGAGCGCUUCCAGCAAAUUGACUCGACGUGGAUCAACAUCAUGCAGCGGGCGCGGGACGUCCCGAAUGUGGUGGAGUGCUGUGUCGGGGAUCCAAUGUUGGGGGAGAUCCUGCCAGAUCUUCAGAAGCAAUUGGACUUUUGUCAGAAGUCACUCACAGGGUACCUUGAGAAAAAACGUCUCCUGUUCCCACGGUUCUUCUUCGUGUCCGAUCCCGCGCUCUUGGAAAUCCUCGGACAAGCCAGCGAUUCUCACACAAUUCAGUCGCAUCUUCUCGGAGUGUUUGACAAUGUCAAUGAAGUUGAGUUUGAUGUCAAUGAAUACGACAGCAUUUUGGCCGUCUUGUCUCAAGAAGCGGAGAAACUGCCGCUGGACAAACCCGUCUUAGCUCAGGGUCCUGUGGAGCUCUGGCUUGGGAAGUUAUUGGUGGAGCAGCAGUCAUCGUUGCACACCGUCAUCAAGGCGGCCGACGAUGUGAUCAACGACGAAGACUUUGAGCUCAUACCUUUUCUUGACAAGUUCCAAGCGCAGGUGGGCCUGCUUGGAAUCCAAAUGCUCUGGACAAGGGACUCGGAGGAGGCCCUCGAAAAUGCCGAAUUCAGCAAGGAGGUGAUGAUCUUCACCAAAAAGAAAUUCUUGAACCUCCUGCGAAUGCUCAUCAAGCAGACCACCUACGACUUGACCAAAUUUGACAGGGUCAAGUACGAAACUCUGGUCACCAUCCACGUGCACCAGAGUGACAUCUUUGAAGAGCUGGUGGCAAAAUCGGUCAAAUCGACCAAUGACUUUGAGUGGCUGAAGCAAAGCAGGUUUUACUACAAUGACGGCAUCGAUAAGGUCAUCGUGUCCAUCACCAAUGUGGACUUUGUUUAUCAGAACGAGUUCCUGGGCUGCACCGACCGUCUCGUCAUCACCCCGCUGACAGACAGGUGUUACAUUACGCUGUCCCAGGCCCUGGGCAUGAGCAUGGGAGGAGCCCCCGCUGGGCCGGCGGGCACAGGAAAGACGGAGACCACCAAAGACAUGGGUCGCUGCUUAGGAAAGUACGUGGUGGUCUUCAAUUGCUCUGACCAAAUGGACUUCAGGGGCCUUGGCAGGAUUUACAAAGGCCUUGCGCAGUCCGGCUCGUGGGGCUGCUUUGAUGAAUUCAACAGGAUCGACCUGCCGGUGUUGUCUGUGGCCGCUCAGCAAAUUUACAUUGUUCUGGUAGCCCGCAAGACACACAAGCCUACUUUUGUCUUCACGGACGGCGACGUAGUUGACCUGAAUCCGGAGUUUGGGCUUUUCAUCACCAUGAACCCCGGUUAUGCCGGUCGUCAGGAACUUCCGGAGAACUUGAAAGUGCAGUUCAGGACGGUCUCCAUGAUGGUGCCCGAUCGACAGAUCAUCAUGAGGGUCAAGCUGGCCAGUUGCGGAUUCAACGAGAAUGUCCUCCUGGCUCAAAAAUUCUUUGUUCUUUAUAAACUUUGUGAGGAGCAGCUCACAAAACAGGUGCAUUAUGACUUUGGCCUGAGGAACAUCCUGUCCGUGCUCAGGACGCUGGGAGCUUGCAAGAGAGCGCGGCCUGAUGACUCCGAGUCCAGCACGGUCAUGAGAGUGUUGCGUGACAUGAAUUUGUCCAAACUGGUGGAUGAGGACGAACCUCUGUUCCUCAGUCUCAUCAAUGACUUAUUCCCUGGCAUCAAGCUGGACAACAGCACCUACAAUGAACUGCAGGCCGCAGUGAAGAAUCAAGUGGACCUCGCCGCCUUGGUUAACCACCCCAACUGGAACCUUAAACUGGUUCAGCUCUACGAGGCUUCCCUGGUGCGCCACGGCCUCAUGACGCUGGGGCCGAGCGGGGCGGGUAAGACGGCCGUCAUCAACAUCCUGAUGCGAGCGCUGACGGAGUGCGGAACGCCGCACAGGGAGAUGCGCAUGAACCCCAAGGCCAUCACCGCGCCGCAGAUGUUUGGCCGGCUCGACGCCGCCACCAAUGACUGGACUGACGGUAUCUUCUCCACGCUGUGGAGGAGGACGCUGAAGGCCAAGAAAGGAGAGAUCAUAUGGAUCAUAUUGGAUGGUCCCGUGGACGCCAUCUGGAUUGAAAACCUCAACUCGGUGCUGGAUGACAACAAAACCCUCACCUUGGCCAACGGUGACCGCAUCACCAUGUCGCCAGCUUGCAAGCUGGUGUUCGAGGUGCACAAUAUUGAGAACGCCUCUCCGGCCACCGUGUCCCGCGUCGGCAUGGUCUUCAUGAGCUCCUCGGCGCUGACCUGGGAACCCAUCCUCAAGGGAUGGACAAACAAGCGUAACGCCGAAGAAGCGGAGAACAUCAUUAAUUUGUACGGCAGGAUAUUUUGGGACGUGUAUUCGUACAUGAGGCAGAACCUCAAACCCAAGAUGCCCUUCCUGGAGUGUAACUACAUCAUGCAGUCUUGCAAUCUGCUGGAGGGCCUCAUCCCAACCAAGCAGAUGGGGGGCCUGGUCAGCGACAAACACUUGGAGCGUCUCUUCGUCUUUGGUCUGAUGUGGAGUCUGGGGGCCCUUUUGGAGUUGGACGACCGGGACAAAAUGGAGGCUUUUUUCCGGGAGCACGACAGCAACAUUGAUCUGCCUCACACAUUGGAGGGAGAGACCAUGUUUGAAUACAUGGUCGGGACAGAUGGUCAGUGGUGUCACUGGAACGAACACGUAGGGGAGUACGAGUAUCCCACAGAUCACGUACCGGACUACGCUUCCAUCCUCGUGCCCAACGUGGAUAACACCAGGACGGCUUUUUUGCUGGAAACCAUCGCUAAGCAGUACAAGGCUGUCUUGCUGAUCGGUGAGCAAGGGACGGCCAAGACGGUGAUGAUCAAAAGCCACGCCAAGAAGUUUGACCCCGAGACGGACCUCUUCAAGUCACUCAACUUCUCCUCGGCCACAGAACCCAUCAUGUUUCAGCGCACCGUGGAGAGCUACAUCGAGAAGAGAAUCGGCAGCACGUACGGACCGCCGGGCGGGCGCAGGAUGUCGGUCUUUGUGGAUGACAUCAAUAUGCCUCUCGUCAACGAAUGGGGAGAUCAGAUCACCAACGAGAUAGUCCGGCAAAUGAUGGAGAUGGGCGGCAUGUACAAUCUGGACAAACCCGGCGACUUCAUCACCAUUGUGGACGUCCAAAUGCUGGGGGCCAUGAUCCACCCCGGCGGCGGGCGAAAUGACAUUCCGCAGAGGCUCAAGAGGCAGUUCACCGUCUUCAACUGCACCCUGCCUUCCAAUACCUCCAUUGACAAAAUCUUCGGCGUGAUCGGCUGCGGCUACUUCCACGAGUGCAGGAAGUUCACGGGAAAUGUCACGGCCAUGGUGAAGAAGCUCGUGUCGGCCGGCCGCAUUUUGUGGCAGUGGACCAAGACCAAGAUGCUGCCCACGCCGUCCAAGUUUCACUACAUCUUCAACUUGCGAGACUUGUCCAGGAUCUGGCAAGGAAUGUUGAAGGUGGAGGCGGAGCAGUGCAACGACUUCAAGACCCUGGUGGCCCUCUUCAAGAGCGAAUGCACCCGCGUCAUCGCCGACAGGUUCAUUUGCCCAGAGGACAAAGACUGGUUCGAGAGCUCCAUCAGCCGUGUUGUCAAAGAGCACAUCGACCCCAGCCUGGUCGCGUCCAUCCACAAGGAUCCAUACUUUGUCGACUUCCUGAGAGAGGCGCCCGAACCGACUGGCGAGGAGGAUGAAAACGCCUCUUUCGAUGCCCCCAAAAUCUACGAGCUGGUCCCCACGUUCCAAUUCCUGGAGGAGAAGCUAAGGUUCUAUCAGGCCAAGCACAAUGACGAAGUGAGGGGCUCUCACAUGGACUUGGUUUUCUUCACGGAUGCCAUGACUCACCUGGUCAAGAUCUCGCGCAUCAUUCGCACGGAUACUGGCAACGCCCUCCUAGUGGGGGUGGGAGGAUCCGGGAAACAGAGUUUGACGCGUCUUGCCUCAUACAUCGCUGGAUACGAAGUCAACCAGAUCACACUGACCAAGUCUUACAAUAUAGCCAAUUUCAUGGAAGAUCUAAAAAAGUUGUACAAAUCGAGUGGGGCCGAAGGGCGCGGCAUCACCUUCCUUUUUACCGAUAAUGAAAUCAAACAGGAAGCCUUCCUGGAGUACCUGAACAAUGUUCUGUCGUCUGGAGAGGUCUCCAACCUUUUCGCAAAGGAUGAGAUCCAAGAGAUUACCCAAAACCUUAUUCCGGUCAUGAAAAAGGAAUUUCCCCGCAUUCCACCCACUUUCGACAACCUCUACGACUACUUCAUAUCGCGGGCGCGGAAGAAUCUGCACGUCGUCUUGUGCUUCUCGCCGGUGGGACCAAAGUUCCGCUCUCGGUCUCUGAAGUUCCCGGGCUUGAUAUCUGGCUGCACAAUGGACUGGUUUGCCCCGUGGCCCGAGGAGGCCCUGGUGGCCGUGGCUCAUCACUUCCUCUCAGAAUUUCCCGUCGUUUGCUCACCGGAGGUGAAAGCUUCCAUGGUGACCACCAUGGGCGUGUACCAUCGCACGGUGUCGGAGACGUGCGAGAGCUACUUUGAACGAUUCAGGAGGAGAACUCACGUCACCCCCAAAUCGUACCUCUCGUUCAUCAAUGGCUACAAGACACUCUACCAUCAAAACCACGAGCACAUUAACACGCUCGCCCAGCGCAUGAAUGUCGGGUUGAACAAACUGAUGGAGGCCAGCGUGUCCGUAGCUAAACUCUCCAAAGAGCUGGAAGUCAGCGAGAAAGAAUUGGUAGUGGCCUCUGCCAAGGCCGACAAGGUGUUAGCCGAGGUGAUGGUCCGAACCGAGGCGGCCACCAUAAUCAAGAAUGAGGUCCAGACCGUGAGCGACAAAGCCCAGAUGAUCGUGGAUGAAAUCACGCAGGAGAGGGCCAUUGCUGAGGAAAAACUGGAGGCGGCCAAGCCCGCAUUACAGGAGGCUGAAAAUGCACUGAACACCAUCAAGCCUGCUGAUAUUGCCACUGUGAGGAAACUGGCCAAGCCACCGCACCUGAUUAUGAGGAUCAUGGACUGCUGCCUGCUGUUGUUCCAAAGAAAGUUGGAGACUGUCACAAUGGAUCCCAACCUGCCCUGUCUCAAGCCAUCGUGGCCCGAUGCUCUCAGGCUGAUGGGCAGCACAGGCUUCUUGGGGUCGCUGCAGCAGUUCGUCAAGGACAAGAUCAAUGAGGAGACGGUGGAGUUGUUGCAGCCCUACUUCGAUAUGGAGGACUACACCAUGGAAAACGCAAAGAAGGUGUGCGGCAGCGUGGCCGGGCUGCUCGCGUGGACCAGAGCUAUGGCCACCUUCUAUGACAUCAACAAGGAAGUGCUGCCGCUCAAGGCUAAUCUGGCGGUUCAGGAAGUGCGCUACAAAAAAGCCAGCGCCGAGCAAAUGGCAGCUCAGGCCACGCUGGCCGAAAAGGAAGCCGAGCUGGCCCUGGUGCAAGCCAAAAGCGACGCCGCAAGCAAAGAGAAGCAGGAAUUGCUGGAUCGUUCAGAAAUGUGUAAGAACAAAAUGCAGGCCGCCUCAGAUCUAAUCGGCGGGCUGAGUAAUGAGAAAGUUCGCUGGACCCAACAAAGCAAAGAAUUUAAAUCUCAGAUCAAGAGGCUGGUGGGCGACGUGCUGCAGCUUACCGGCUUCCUGUCAUACUGCGGCCCCUUCAACCAGAGUUUCCGCGACAUGUUGCUGGACAUGUGGAAAAGUGAUCUCAUUUCCAACAAAAUCCCAUUCACGGAAAACCUCAACCUGAUCUCCACGCUGGUGGACGCUCCCACGAUCAGCGAGUGGAAUCUUCAAGGCCUGCCCGGAGAUGACCUGUCGGUGCAGAACGGCAUCAUCGUCACCAAAGCGUCAAGGUAUCCGCUCCUGGUCGAUCCGCAGACUCAAGGAAAGACUUGGAUCACCGCAAAAGAAAAGGCCAAUUCCCUGCAGCUGACAUCCCUCAACCACAAGUUCUUUCGUACGCAUUUGGAGGACUCCAUUUCCUUGGGGAGGCCGCUACUUAUCGAGGAUGUGGGCGAGGAGCUGGACCCCGCCCUCGACAACGUCCUGGAGAAAAAUUUCUUCAAAUCCGGCUCCAACUUCAAGGUGAAAGUGGGAGACAAGGACGUGGAUGUGUCCAACAACUUCCGGCUUUACAUUACCACCAAACUGCCAAAUCCCUCGUACACGCCGGAGGUGAGCGCCAAGACGUCCAUCAUUGACUUCACUGUCAAUAUGAAAGGCCUGGAGGACCAGCUGCUGGGUCGUGUCAUCCUCGCCGAGAAGAAGGAACUCGAGAACGAGAGGCUGAAGCUGAUUGAGGAUGUGACCUCCAACAAGAGGAAGAUGCAGGAGCUGGAGGACAACCUGCUCUACAAACUGAGCACCACCAAAGGUUCCUUGGUGGAUGAUGACUCCAUGAUUGGCAUUUUGAGCACUACCAAGCAAACGGCUGCCGAGGUUAGCGUCAAGCUGAACAUCGCGGCCGAGGCGGAGGAGAAAAUCAAGGCGGCUCAGUCCGAAUAUCGCCCGGUGGCGUGCCGAGGCAGCAUCCUUUACUUCCUCAUCACCGAAAUGAGCAUGGUCAACGUCAUGUACCAGACUUCCCUCAGUCAGUUCCUCAAGAUCUUUGACAUUUCGCUGGCCAGGUCGGAGAAGUCGGCCAAAACGUCCAAACGAAUCGCCAACAUCAUCGAAUACUUGACGUAUGAAGUCUUCCGGUACACGGUGCGCGGACUGUACGAAAACCACAAGUUCAUCUUCACCAUGCUCAUGGCUCUUAAGAUCGACCUGCAGAAUGGCAGGAUACAGCAUAGCCAAUUUCAGAUUCUCAUCAAAGGCGGCGCUGCACUCGACCUGAAGGCCUGCCCCCCGAAACCCUUCAACUGGGUGCUUGACAUUGUGUGGCUGAACCUCGUGGAACUCAGUAAACUUCCUCAGUUUGCCAACAUCCUCAAUCAGGUGGGUAAAAGUGGAAAACACUGGAAAGUGUGGGCCAACGGCGAUGCCCCGGAAGAAGCCGUCAUCCCAGAUGGUUACAACAAUCUGGACGUCUUCAACAAACUCAUGCUUAUCAGGUCCUGGUGUCCAGAUCGCACUUUGGCUCAGGCUAGGAAGUACGUAGGCGACUCCAUGGGCUCCAGGUUUGCCGAGCCCGUCCUGCUGAACCUGCUGGGCACGUGGGAGGAGAGCGACAUCCGCACGCCGCUCAUCUGCUUCCUCUCGAUGGGCUCGGAUCCCACCAACCAAAUAGAAGCGCUCGCCAAGAAGCUCAAUAUCGGAUGUAGGUCGAUCUCCAUGGGGCAAGGGCAAGAGGUCCACGCGAGGAAGCUUGUUAAUAGCUCAAUGAUGGAGGGAGGCUGGGUGCUCCUGCAGAACUGUCACUUGGGCCUGGAGUUCAUGGAUGAGUUGUUGGAGACCGUCACUGUCACGGAGACGGUGCACAAAACCUUCAGGGUGUGGGUCACCACCGAACCGCACGACCUCUUCUCCAUCACGCUGCUCCAGUCCUCCAUCAAGUUUACCAACGACCCACCGCAGGGACUUCGCGCCAGCUUGAAGCGAACCUUUGUAAGCAUCUCGCAAAACCAGCUGGAAGUCAGCAACCUGCCGACAUGGAAGCCGCUGCUGUACGGCGUGGCCUUCCUCCACUCUGCUGUUCAGGAAAGGCGCAAAUUUGGACCGCUGGGAUGGAACAUACCGUACGAGUUCAACUCUGCAGACUUCACGGCCAGCGUGGAGUUUGUGGAGAGACACCUGGAUGACUGCGGGCCCAGAAAGGAUGUCUCCUGGGUGACUCUGCGCUACAUGCUAGCCGAAGUGCAGUAUGGAGGCAGGGUCACCGACGACUAUGACAAACGCCUGCUCAAAUGUUUUGCCCGGGUGUGGUUCAGUAAGAAAAUGUUGGACCCGUCCUUCUGCUUCUACACGGAUUACCAAAUCCCGAUAUGUAAGACCAUCGAGGAAUACGUCGACUACAUUCAGGGCUUGCCCGCUGUGGACGCCACGCAAGCGCUGGGGUUGCACCCCAACGCUGACAUUGUCUAUCAGAGAAACACGUCCGCCGAGGUGCUGGACACCAUCACCAACAUCCAGCCCAAGGAGAGCGGCGGCGGUUCGGGGGCCACCCGAGAGAGCAUCGUCUACAGCAUGGCGGAGGACAUGCUGGACAAGCUGCCCCGCGACUACAUUCCUCACGAGGUCCGAGCCAAUCUGAAGAAGAUGGGGGCUCUCAACCCCAUGAACAUCUUCCUACGCCAGGAGGUGGACCGCAUGCAGAGGAUUAUCGCUGUGGUGCGCGCCACUCUUCAGGAUCUCAAGCUGGCCAUCGAGGGCACCAUCAUCAUGAGCGAGAACCUCCGUGACGCCCUGGACAACAUCUUUGAUGCCCGUGUGCCAAAUCUUUGGAGGAAGCUCUCCUGGGAGUCCACAACAAUCGGGUUCUGGUUCACCGAGCUCUUGGACAGGAACCGACAGUUUCACAGCUGGGUGUUUUCCCGACGGCCCAAAACGUUUUGGAUGACGGGUUUUUUCAACCCUCAGGGUUUCCUCACUGCGAUGAGGCAAGAGGUGACGAGGGCAAACAAAGGCUGGGCUCUGGACUCGGUCACCCUCAGCAACAAAGUCCUGAAGAAGACCAAGGAGGAGUUCAAGGGCGAUGUAGAAGUAGGCGUGCUGGUUCACGGCCUGUUCCUGGAGGGCGCCGACUGGGACAAGAAGAACUCGGUCCUCUGCGAGUCGGCCCCCAAAGUGCUCUUUACUCCCUUGCCCCUCAUCCAAAUGUUCGCCGUCAACUCCACCGCGCCCCCCGACCCCAAGUACUACGUGUGUCCCAUUUAUAAGAAACCCAAGCGUACCGACCUCAAUUACAUCACCGCCGUGAUAUUGGGCACCAGUCAACCGCCCGACCACUGGAUCAUGCGAGGCGUCGCCCUCCUCUGCGAUAUCAAAUGAGAGCAGCGAUUGUCUCGCCGUUUGUUGUCAGCUUGUUUGAUGAAAUAUAUAGUUUAUAGCCAUCCAAGUGCUCAUCCUUAUUAUUAUAAACCUAAUAAAAAUGAUUGGGGGCGAAGGAGCAACAAUUCGACCUAUUUGAAAAUGAUUACUCUUGCGGUUGUCCUUUGUUCAUUUGUAGCUUUUUCAUUUCCCAGUCGCAUAAUUGCCCAAGUUAGACUUGAAGUUUUUUAAAGACAUGCAAAAAACAAAGUCAACAAAAAAGACUAUGGAUGGUAUUUUUUAUUGAUAUGGUGACCAGAAGUUCAAAAACCAACUUGGGCAAUUAUGAGACCACAGAUCAUGAGGUUAGAGCUCCAUGAUAUGCUUCAAACAACCACUAGGGGACUUUUUUUUGGGGGGGGGGGGUCGAUUGCUGUGUUUAGCUGCAAUGCAUCAACCCCGUUUUUGUCCUCGGUUGAGAUUUGUGGUCUUUUCAAGUGAGAGCAGAAAAUGCAAGCGGCGCCAGCCAUCCAGCGUCUGCGCCCUCCUGAGCGCUCCCCAAUGGUGUCAACCGGUGUCCCCUUUUGAGAAGCGCUUGGCAUCAAACCUCAUUAAUUCCGCUCUUUUCCCUUAUUAUUUCCACCGCGGAGCCCGUCCGCUCGUAGGCCCGUUCACCGGAGCCCCGGCUCACGCUCGGCUGAGCAAAUGAGAAGCUCGCCGCGUGCGCGUCAUCGAUGUCCCUGUUGCUAAAUGAAGGUGUGUUCAUCAUGAUCUCGCUCAUUUUAGCGCAAUCUUGACUCUUUUUCUAAUUCAGAUUCUUUCCUGUUCAUAGUAAAAUCCUGUGGCCGCAGUGUUGAGGCUCAGACGGGAAAAUUCCUGCCUGCCCCCAAGUUCAUUAAAAAAGGGUCAGUAUUUCAUGUGUGCGCGUGCAAAUAUAAAUGUGUCGUCAUAUGUAUUCAUAAAUGUGUUAUCGCUCUUAAAAUGUUUUCUUUUUCCUUCUCUGUUCUUCAGCUCGCUGGACCAAAAUGACGCAAUGUCACAUAAGGUCCACCCCUAACAAGUCAUCCGUUUGUCCGCAUGAUACAGGUAAUAUGACUCAAGCUAACAUUAUUUUGUUAUCUGCCGAUUACUUUUUUUUUUAAGUCUCUGUGCAAAAACAAAUGUUCCUUGACAGAUAGAACUUAUUCUACAAUAGACAACAACAUGCUGAUGAUUAAAAUUGAUCGGAGGGCAAUUAGCGGGCGGGAUAGUAAGAGGGGGUGGGGAGGGGGUCCUCUGACACCCCCUCUCGGGCCUGAUGGAGUGGAGCCUCAUCUGCCUAACAGCCUGGCAAAUAUCCAUAGCGGGCCGCCAUCCCACUCAUUGUACGCCGCCUCUCAUUAAGAGCAGCCGAGUCAAGAAAAACAAGUCUUAAAGUGGAGGUACUUUAAAUUGAAAUUUAAUGGGGGGGCUUGGGGGGUUGCAUGUGUCAUGAAGACUUGCAUCGGAGUUCCAAACCAUUGAAACCCGAUUGGGCUCGUUUCUGUCAUUUUCAAAGAUGAUGUAAAAAAAAAAGUCAAAUAAGGUGAUUGGCUUGCCAGUCAUGUCGUGAAGAGACUUUUUCAUUGAGUGGCACCUGAGGACAUUCCGUCUCUGGCAGAGGAUCUGGACUUAAUCGCUUUAAAAGCAGUAAUCAGGUGCUAAGAGGCAGUCUUGUCUGUUGAAAUUAGCCUCCGAGUGGCCAGAUGACACACUCUUUAACUUUGCGCCGGGCCUCCUCUUGUUUGCAUUGUCACGUGUGCCGCCAAAAGGGGAAAGAAAACGCCAACGCUGCCAUUCAUGAACAUUUAAAAUCCUGUCCGAUCAGACCGAAGGAGUCGUUUGUCUUGUCGUGUCAGAAAAAUGGCCCCUUCAAUCCCGAAUGGACAAAAGGUGGCGCCGGCCA